UCCUCUGUGACGUAGCUGUGGUCACGUGGCUAUCAGGAAGCUGCGGCGGUGUUUACCUUAGCACUGCGCCAGCGAGCAUCCUCAGUUUGCAGUGAAAUCAAACCCGAUCUGAGGAGAUGGGUCCGUCCUGUUCGCCGCCUCUCCGCUGGUACUGAGCUGUCCUGCCGCCUCCGUCAGCGCCAUGGCGUCUUCGGGCUACACCUGCGUCCCUGACAGCCCCGCAGAAAAACAGAAACUGCUGUCCUCCAAGUCCGGCUAUGGAUCCCAGGAUGUGCUCGGAUGUGCCAGUCUGGCGGACUCCCAGUUCCGCGGUCAGCCAUGGGAUGAAGACGAGGAGGAAGAGGCUCUGAGGAGGAAACUCAAGUACUUCUUCAUGAGCCCUUGUGACAAGUACCACGCCAAGGGGCGCAAGCCUUUCAAACUGGGGCUGCAGCUGCUAAAGAUCAUCAUCGUGACCGUGCAGUUGGUGCUGUUCGGUCUGAGCAACCAGAUGGUCGUGACAUUCAAGGAGGAAAACACGGCGGCGUUCAAGCACCUGUUCCUGAAGGGUUACCAGGACAACCGUCCUCAGGCCGUCCACACACAGUCGGAGCUGUACAGCCGCAUCGGCUUCGUCGUAGAGCAGUACAUGGCUCUACCUCAGAUCGCACUGGGCCGGUACGCAUAUGUGAAGGGCGUGGGCGCGAAUGGGAGCGCUCUCUCCCUUUGCCAGAGGUACUUCAAGACGGGCACCAUCGACCCCGUCAACGACACGUUUGACAUCGACCCCCAUGUCGUUACAGAUUGCAUCGGCCUCGAUCCGGUCCCCGACAGUCCUGUGACGAGAAACGCCGACUACAAGAAUUUCACCCUCCAGUUUUACAAGCUGAUCAACGUCACGGUUGAUUUCCAGCUGAAGGCCAUCAACAUUCAGACAAUAAUCAAUAACGAAAUCCCCGACUGCUACACCUUCGCCAUCACGAUCGUCUUCGACAACAAAGCUCACAGCGGCAAAAUCAAGAUCCUCCUCCAGAACCAGGCCUCCAUAAAGGAGUGUAAAGACACAAACGUGUCCGGACACGCGGAGAGCUACGCCAGAGAGUUCUUCGACGUGGUGGUGGCGAUCGUCUGCCUGCUGUCGCUGCUGCUCUGCGGCCGCUCCAUCCUCAGAGGAAUCCUCCUUCAGCACGAAUACGUUCAGUUUUUCAAUCACAAACUGGAGCGCACGGUCAGCUGGGGGGACAGGAUGGAGUUCAUCAACGGCUGGUACAUCCUGCUCAUCAUCAGCGACUUGUUCACCAUCGUCGGCAGCUUCAUCAAGAUCGGGAUAGAGUCCAAGACUCUGUCGUCGUACGACGUGUGUGGGAUCCUGCUGGGAACGUCCACUCUGCUGGUGUGGGUGGGAGUCAUCCGCUACUUCAGUUUCUUCCAGAAAUACAACAUCCUGAUUGUGACUCUUAGAGCUGCUUUUCCCAGCGUCAUCCGCUUCUGCUGCUGUGUGGCUGUGAUUUAUUUGGGAUACUGCUUCUGUGGAUGGAUUGUUCUGGGCCCCUACCAUGUCAAGUUUCGCUCCUUGUCCAUGGUGUCAGAGUGCCUGUUCUCCCUCAUCAACGGCGACGACAUGUUUGUGACGUUUGCCGAGAUGGAGCAGAGCGGCACGCUGGUGUGGGUCUUCAGCCAAGUCUACCUCUACACCUUCAUCUCCCUGUUCAUCUACAUGGUGCUGUCGCUCUUCAUUGCGCUCAUCACCGGAGCCUACGACACCAUCAUGGCCCAAACGAGGGAGCAGGUUCCGGAGACGGAGCUGCACGCGUUCAUCGCUCAGUGCACAGACACGCCCAGUUCCGGCAAGUUCCGCGGGCCGGACGGGUCGUCGUGCUCCUUCCUCUGCUGCUGCGACUAGUGAGGAGGACGACAAAAUACAUGCACAUGCACAAAAAAAAGAGGAGUAAGUGACAUCUGCGUCAAAAAGCAAAACACUGUUACAUUUUUUUUUUAAUCUUCAAAGACCCACAUUGCCUCUGCACUGACAGCUGCACUCCUUUCUCCAGACGCUCAGCAGGGAUGCUGGAGGCUGGUGGAGCGAACCAGCUGACCUUGGGCCGCUUUUGUCCUUUGGUGCCAGCAUUCCAGUUUUGCAUUUAAAUUCGUUCGGCACGGUCCAAUUAACCUGCCUCAGUUUUUGUACUGUAUGAACAAUCUGCUGCCUUUCACUGAGUCUUUUAGGCCUUAGAUUGCCAGACCCGUAGCGCCGGGAAACAAAAAUUAAUUGCUUAAGAUUGGAAAUGGGGUUUAUCAAGUGGAAUCAGGGCAACUCUUUGCUUGGUUCAUUAAUAAAAUCCGGUUUGCUGACUGGUGAGAAAAGAGCAAAGAGAAACACCGUACACAGUGACACAGUGACACACCCUGAGGCAUUCUUGUCUGUUACACUUGGUUGCUAUUAGUUAGCUAACCAGGCUAUAUUUUGAGUCAGGCAAAUGGUUGUAUUUAUUUGUUUUUUUAAUUAAAAAUAUAACAUUUUACAGCAUAUCCACUGUGAACAACCUCAAUCAGUGAGACAUUGAAUAUCAAAAGUAAACAAUUCUAGCAUUCAAUAACAUAACAGCUUUUAUUUUAAGCUAAUUUGCUCUCAGCAUCAACCUUGGUAAACAUUAGCUAGCAGUUAGCAUGUUAGUAACUUGAAUGAUUCAAUGACUAUUUUAUUCUCUUUUUUCUUUGUUCAUUUGUUACUUUAAAGGGGCAGAGAACAUGUUACUGUGUUUAAGUCAGUUUUGGACAGAUCUUUGUUUUGGGUGAAUGUUUCUGGAAGUUUUAUAGAUUUUUUUAUGUUUCUGAGUAAGAAGACCUGAACCGACUUGUACUUGAUUUCGACCCUAUUUUAAAAAAAUAAAUACAUUUUAAAAGCUGUAGAUUAAACCUACAAAAGGAAAAAUCUAUUGCAGCACUUUUAAAAUUGAUCUUUAUUACGCUGUAACAUAUAAAAAAAAUUAUUUAAGCUAGUUUGCGAUCUCAUGGCGUUAACCUUUGCUAACAUUAGCUAGCAUUUUAAAAUGUGUUUAUUCUGUGAAAUUUUUGCAUUCAGUCUUAUUCUUUUUGCUCAUUUUGUUGCACUUUUAGGAAAAAAAAUGUUUCCUCUCAACUCAGUUUGUGUCCAAAUCUGUAUUUUUUCCAUGUUGAGAUUUAACAUAGGCAGUUUUGAUUAUUCUGUUCGUUGUUUUAUAGUUAACUUGACAAAGUGUGAUAGCUGGUUAUUUCAUCUAUAAAUGAAAUGCACUCCUUUGUAUGCCUUUAAAAACAUUGUUUAUGGAAACUUUUGAAAGUGUACUAAUCAUUCUAGGAUUUUUUUACUUAUUUUCUGUCAUUUGUGGUUUUUAUUGCUUUUUGUUUUGCACUUUAAUUUAAAUACAUAAACAUUUUUUACAGUUACAAAAGUAAUGAUUGCAGUUAAUUUAUUUGCACAGAUAUAGUAUUGUAAAGCUUUACUUAAUUUGAUAGUGGCACAUAGUUAUGAACAACAGAGCAAAGCAUUGUAAAUGUAAUGCGUCAGCCAGUCUGUGUUUAGUUAUAGGAAGGCGUCCUGAUUCUGCUGUGGUUUAAUGUUGGCAGCCAUUCCUCACUGUGUUUGUUAGCAUGUACUUCUGCAUUUUUCAUUAUUACCUCAAUUUUAGAAGAGACAAUUGCAAAAAGGGAAGCACUUAGCAUGGAGCAUUUUACACCGUCCAACUCAGUUUUCUGUGCUGAUGCUGUCUUAAUGAUGAGCACACAUUUCAGUUAAAUAAACCGAAAAAAGGCUGUG